AUGGACUCCGAAGACAAGAAGAGACCAUUCAGUGAGGUUGAAGACGAUAUCUUCGCCAAAUCCAAAAAGCCGCUUCAAGAGCUUAGCGAGGACGGUCCUCUCACGCAACAAGAUGUUGUUUAUUUCAAGAAAGAGGCUAUAUGGCGCCAGAUGCGCUUCUAUAAGCUUCAAGCGGAACAGCUUCAACUAGACCUUUCUAAGUACGAGAGGCGAUACCAAACCUUUAUAGCUGUUCAUCAGUUACUAGAGACCUGGUACUCUCAGAUAUUGAAGUCCUGUGACGCUGGAGAGGCUGAGUCACUAGAUUUGACGGCAUCUACUUCUGAACUCAAAGAGAAGCUAGAUGCUAGAGCCAACAAGCUUGCGGGCAUCCUUAAGCCUGCUGUAGCUGAAUCUGGGGACCUUAGUGACGUUGUGAAACUAGAAGGUGAUCUUGCGGCAGCUCAGGAGUCAAAACACGAUCUCCAAGAGAAGCUCUCUGAACUUCAAAAUCAAAUAGCUGCGUUACAGAAAAUCAAAGAUAGGGAAGAUCUGGCGACUCUACAACGAAUCCAAAGCAACAGUCUUGCGAAACAACAAGAAGAGGAAAGCACAAACGGUCACAACAAAAAUGGUGCUUUGGAGAACGGUAAGGUCGAAGACAACAGCGACACGGUAACUAUCUCAUCUGCGGACAAGGAAGAGCUUGAGAAACUUCGAAUCGAAGCAGAGGAGCUCAAGGCUGCAUUGGGUGCUUCUAAGAAUGCUCUGGACAAGAUGUCGUCUAGAUUAUCUGGUGCAGAGGCUUCUGCGGAAGAGUUGCGAGCCCGUUUGAGUAACCUUACCGACGAGGAUCUCUCAAACUCCCCUAAGUUUGUUGAACUAGUCUCCCAAAACAACACGCUAAAGGAAUCGCUUUCGCAGGUUACUCAAUCCCAGCAAGAGCUUGUCAGUAAAGUGAAGAUUUUGGAAGAGAAAGAUGGUGCCUACUCAAAAGUAAUCAACCGCGAAUUGGAAGAAGAGAAUGGCCGUCUCAAGGAGACCCUUUCGAGAAGUGAAAAUGAUCUCGCUCGUAUCAGAGCUGUUAGAGAUGAGUUGUUGGCGAAGCAAACCAUACUCAAUUCUGAAAUGGAUAACAAGAAGACCAACGCUGAGCUAAAUGAAUUGAAUAGGGUGCUCAACGAGAGGUUAUCGAAGUUGGAACAGACAAGACAGGAAGAAUACAAGGGCGAGGAGGACUCAAAGUUGCAAAGUCUCGAAAAGGAUGAGCUUGUCAAGAGGUUGCAAAUAUUGAGCACAGAAGUCAAGGAGAUCGAAGUUGCCUUCCAACAAACAAGAAGUCUCACUCUAGAGAAGCAAAAGGAGCUGGUUGACAACGAAGGUAUUGUGAAGAAACUUACCAUCGAAAAGAACAAAGCAGACCAAAAGUAUUUCGCCAGUAUGAGAGUGAAAGAUUCUCUUUCCGCCGAGAACAAGGUCCUCAAAUCCCAGGUCGCAAAAUCCCAAGAGCUCGUUAAUAAGCUCACUGAGGUCGAGAAGACAUAUGUCAGCAAGAUCGAAAUCUUGAACAAGUCGAUCAACGACUAUAAGGUUAUCAAAGAGAUGGCUACUCAAGAGAACACACAAUUGCAUGGCAACCUUAAGAUGCUCGGGAAGACACGAGAAUCGAUCAAGAAAGAGCUCAGUGACGCAAGACAAGAUAUUGCCCAGCUUAAGAAGCAGAAUGGAGACUUGUCAAGUGAAGUCAACAGCAAAACGGUGGCAUUCAGCAAACUAGAUGCCAAGCUUCGGGCCACAGAGAGUCUUCUCCAAAAGUACAAGCAGAACAACACUUCGUCAAUUUUAGAGGAAGACGAGAAACAGCUAGAGGCUUUGAGGUCCAUCACCAAGUGUUCUGUUUGUCUGAAGAAUUGGAAGAAUACUGCAAUCACUGCCUGUGGCCACGUCUUUUGCGACGGUUGCGUUCAGGAGAGAUUAGCUGCUCGUCUUAGAAGGUGUCCAACCUGUAACAAGGGAUUUUCAUCGAAUGACUUGCUUUCUAUUCAUCUUUAG